CCUUCGCCUUCCUCUUGACCCGCCGCCGCUCCUCCGUCUCGGCCCGGGCCCGGGCCCGGACCCGCAGCAUCCGCACCACACAGAGCCACCAGAACGCGGCGAAGAGGGCCACGAACAAGAGAAGCCCGCCCGCGACCGAGGGGACGCCGACCUUGACCAAGUUUAUGUUGCUGUUGCUGUUGCUGUUGCUGUUGCUGUUGCUGUUGCUGUUGUUGUUGCCAUCGUUGACGCUACUGCUGGUGCUUGACGGGGCGGGCGAGCAGAGAAUGAUGGAGGAGAAGGAGGAGGAGGAGGAGAAGGAGGAGGAGGAGGCGCCGGUGCCGAUCAUAGUCGUCGUCGUUGUCAUCCGGCGGGUAACCAGCGUGGUCGGGGUUGGGUGAGACGGGAAAGAGACGUGGACUGUCGGGAUUGAGGUCGCCGAUGGCGUAGUUCCUUCUGGAGAGUGCGAUGAUGGACGAGGCGGCGAGGGCUCGAACCCCGAAGACAGACUGACAUCAGGUUCCCAGAGAGAACCAACGGUUGUCGUCGUCGUCGUCGUCGUCGUCGUCAUUAUUGUGAUCCUUGCCAACGGUACGGUCAGGUUCUCGCCCAAUGUUGGACGACGUGUUUCAAUACAACACGGGAGAGGUAAACUUACCAGUUCGUUUUGCCAAAUGCAGGAAGAAAAUGGCGAUACUCGCUGGCUGGCAUAAUUAUCACUUUCCUGGGACCGCAAAUAUUCAUCACCUAUUUUGGAGUAGGUAAUUAGGUAGGUAGCUA